UUCUUUGCCAAUUACUAUUUUGGCCCGUCUUUUCUUUCAAGAAAUCGGAAUUGAACCAUUUACUAAGCGACUCUUCAAAGCAACAAGUGUUGCUGAGACAAAUUGAAAGUCAAUCAGAUCAAAGACAGGUGUCUUCCCAAAUUCGCAACUAGGCUUGCUAAGAUAGCUCCUAUAUCGCUUCUUUCGUUCUAGUACCAAACAUGCAGCAGAACCAUCAGGCAUGUUCUUGCUCCUUGAGGUUCGUGUUUCUUCUAGUCUAAGUACUAAAAUUGCAUUACGAGGAGUGAGUCUUUACCAGCACCUGCUUACCCAAGGACCUUUGCUGAACACAGAGCAGCCUAGGAUUACUAAGGCUUCUACCGGAUUCAAUGGCUGUCAUGCCUGGAAACGCAGAGAAUUGCCGUCUUUGAGAACGGGACGUCUAUAGUCUCGCCUCGCCCUUCCCUAUCAAGCCAUCAAGGCAUUAAGAUGGGUUGACUUCCACUUCACAGCCGAUCGUCAACCCAGCUCAACGACAUGAAUCCUAACGGUCAACUCCAGUAAAAUCCUAUGCCAAGAAGAACGAAACUCAACCCAGAUGGAUGUGUGCCAGCGGCCUUCGUAUUGCCCAGCACGAAGCAACUGGAGCCAUACAAAUACUCGAAAUACUACCUGGAAUUCUUCAACAACACUACCACAGAACCCCUUCUGCCGGCUAUCGGAAUUCGAGAACGAUGCGCCCGAUGAGCAGUACGUUGAGGAAUACCACUCGUACCAGCUCUCCUGCUAUGUCCAGCCCUCCGCAAUAACGCCUACGGAUGACGAAGACAAGAGCACGGCAGCCACCGCUUCCCACCAAGAAGGAAGACCCUCAUCGCGCCUUUGGUUCCGCAGAAUAUUGCAAUUCGCCGGCAGCCUGCUAUCAACUGCCAAGGAGAUUAUUCAAGCUGCGGGAUCGACUACCGCGAGGAAGCUGGAUCAAGCUCGAGCGGAUAUCAGCACAUGGUGGUUGGCUAGCCGAAGACUGCGACUGUGGUUGGGACGCUUGAGGAAAGCCUUGCCCACUAUCAUACUGUGCAGAGUCGUGGCUCAGUGUUUAUUGGCGCAAGAGCGGCCCGUCUACGUCCUGGUCCACGUAUGCCAAUCAUGGUCAGUUGUAGUCAGUGUUGUACCAGAGCCGGUAGCUGGUAUCGAAAAUGGCAACAUCUAAGGCUCUCCGCCCGACUUCCAGCGCGGCACCUGAGUAUUACGUCCACCGACUAAGCGGUCACGCAAUAGAUAUAGUGGAUGGAUUAAACGUGGUGAAAGGCUGACUCUGGCGCACUGGCAAAGUCAUGCCGAGAUGAGUACUGUAAGUUACAACCUUUGACAACUUCAACAAUGGUCGCUGACUUUGUAGCAGGUUCCAAAACUGCGAUCAAGCGAGUUUCACCGUCAUAGGUACGACCUCUCGGUUCCGAAAUACAUAUGAUGUCGUCAAGAUAGCAUCUAUACCGAAUCAGACAAGAUGAUUGGAUAGGUAGGGUUCAUCUCGGUUGCCUUUAUGCCGCAAUAUGGUUAUAUGCAAUGACGCUCAGGAAAGGGGUAGGUGGGAGCUGAGCCGAGGGAGUCAAGAUUUGUUCUGGUGUAUCUGUGAGUCUUUCAAUACUAUGAGUUCAAAUGAACAUGCUGCUUCUGGAGUCGGCUGGCAGCGUGCAGAAAGCUGGAUCCCAGCAAUGUCUGAAAGUCGAGGUGAAGAAAUGACGCCACAUGAUGAGCCUGCAGAUGCAGCUUCCUGCAGCAGUGCAGACACGUGGUUGGCGUUGUGUCUUGACAGGUGCACGGGUUCGGAGCUCGGGCCACCUUCGGCCGCUUUACCGGAUGGCCUCCGAGUCCGACCUUGACUUCUCGACGGAGCUAUCCCGUGCCUCGGCCAGCAAUGGAAUACCUAGUGAUGUGGACUUAGUGUGAAGUUCUUGGAGAAAAACUGAAGAUAUGAGCUGAUCGAUCUGUGAGUAUCAGGUUCUGCUAUGUACUUUUCCUAAAUUAGAGUGCGGAGAAAUGGCGACGGUUUUGGCGGAGGAAGCAAGCUCCGUUAGCAGCUAAAAGCGGCGGUGGAACCCUGUAGCUCGGCUGAAGCUUUGUUCCGAGCGAAAACCAACCAGAGGACCGGGAAUUCCCGCGGCCCAGAAACCUCUGGUUUUCCCGUUUGAGAUUGCUGGAGAUAGCGCUUUCCUGCAAAACCAAUUGCAUCACAGCACACUCGAAGGACUCCUCGUCAGUCCUCUUCCUUUUCCCUUCCUACGACCUCGCGCCUUUUCAUCCCACCCGUCGGGACCUUCUUGUCAGUCAUUUAAUUGACAGGCGCGCUUGACGUAUUUUCCCUCUUCCUCCGAUCUUCGAAAACCACCCCCCGUCCUUCGCGACACGAACACAUAAACCCCCUUCACAAUCAUGUUCAAGCUCGGACGCAGCCGGUUGGCUUCUGCCAUCCAAACUUCCUCAAAGGUCGCCGCUCCCAGAUACCCGGGCCUUGCCCAGCAACAAAGGAGAAACCUCAGCAUUCACGAGUACCUCUCCGCCGACCUUCUGCGCCAGUAUGGAGUCGGUGUCCCCAAGGGAUCCAACGCGAAGACCGCCGCCGAGGCCAAGGCCAUCGCAAAGGAGAUUGGUGGUGAGGACAUGGUCAUCAAGGCCCAGGUCCUCGCCGGUGGACGUGGAAAGGGCACCUUCGACAACGGCCUCAAGGGCGGUGUUCGCGUCAUCUACUCCCCCACCGAGGCCGAGAUGUUCGCCGAGCAGAUGAUUGGCCACAAGCUCAUCACCAAGCAGACCGGCGCUGGCGGCAAGCUCUGCAGCUCCGUCUACAUUUGCGAGCGCAAGUUCGCCCGCCGCGAGUUCUACCUCGCCAUCCUGAUGGACCGCGCCUCCCAGGCCCCCGUCAUCGUCUCCUCCUCCCAGGGCGGCAUGGACAUCGAGACCGUCGCCAAGGAGAACCCCGACGCCAUCAUCACCACCAACAUUGACAUCAACAAGGGUGUCACCGACGAGAUCGCCCGCGACAUCGCCGUUAAGCUCGGCUUCAGCGAGCAGUGCAUCGAGGACGCCAAGGACACCAUCCAGAAGCUCUACAAGAUCUUCCUCGAGAAGGACGCCACCCAGAUCGAGAUCAACCCCCUCUCCGAGACCUCUGACCACAAGGUCCUCUGCAUGGACGCCAAGUUCGGCUUCGACGACAACGCCGACUACCGCCAGAAGGAGGUCUUCGCUCUCCGCGACACCACCCAGGAGGACGCCGACGAGGUCCGCGCCGCUGAGUCCGGCCUCAACUUCAUCAAGCUCGACGGUGACAUCGGCUGCCUCGUCAACGGUGCCGGUCUGGCCAUGGCCACCAUGGACAUCAUCAAGCUCAACAAGGGUACCCCCGCCAACUUCCUCGACGUCGGUGGUGGUGCCACCCCCGCUGCCAUCAAGGAGGCCUUUGAGCUCAUCACGAGCGACCCCAAGGUCUCUGCCAUCUUUGUCAACAUCUUUGGUGGUAUCGUCCGCUGCGAUCUCAUCGCCAAGGGUCUUAUCAACGCCUCCAAGGAGCUCAACCUCAAGAUCCCCAUCAUUGCCCGUCUCCAGGGUACCAACGUCGAGGCCGCCCACGAGAUCAUCAAUAACUCUGGCAUGAAGAUCUUCUCCAUCGACGACCUCCAGACCGCCGCCGAGAAGGCUGUGCAACUGUCCAAGGUUGUCAAGAUGGCCCGUGACAUUGAUGUCGGCGUCGAGUUCUCCUUGGGUAUCUAAAGCUCUAGCGUUGUGUUUUAGACUGGCCUCGCCCUGUACAUUAAUUAACAUAGCCCUAGGUUGAAGGAGCUAGCACUGGGAGCCGAAAUAUCAAACUUGUGUUCAAAUGUCACUUGCAAGUUUCCCACA